AUGGAGUCAAUUCAGUCAAACUCAAGUGAUAGUGAGUCUCUCUAUGAGAGCACUCUUGAGCAAGUGAUACAAUAUGACCGGAAGAGUGGGAAAGUAGUUGACCCUCGAUCUCUGUGUGACCUAGACAUCCGCCAUUAUAAGCAAGAGAUAGAAUACCAAGCUAAUAGCGAAUUCUCCAGCCCUGAAAAAGAUGAAGAGCUUUACAGAGAUUUAUGAGUUAAUAACGAAAUCAUUCACGAUAACCCAUAUGGCAAAUUUUCAGCAAUAGAUCUUGAUGAGUCGAUCACACCCUACUCCAGAAAAAUCACCGGAAGCAGUAGUAGAUAUCCAAAAGGCUCUGUAAAGGCAGAAGAGGUUAGUAGUGACUCCUCUCAGGAAGAAGUUGAUAACUACAAGGCCAUUAAUAAUUUCCAGACCUGAGAAACUGGAGCACCCACAAAGCAUGUGGAUAAAUUCGAAAUUGAAGAAGCCAUGGUUCAAAAUUCUGUCCACAAGCAAGCCUCCAAAAAGAAAAGAAAGAAGAAGAAAAAGCGGAAGGGAAAGAAGAAACAUAGAAAUACAGUCAAGAUCAUUCCUGGCCAGAAGAAGUAUUACAACUUCACAUUUUCCUCUGAUGAGGAAGAGGAGACAAAGCAGACAACAACAAAGCAGAGUGAUUCUUCCUUCCCUGAAUUUGACUUUAAUGAUGAAUUUGAGCCUCCAGAAGAUGGAGUUGAAGAACAAAUUGAGAAAAAGGACUUGCAUAGAUUAGUUUUCAGCAAAGGCCAAGAUGAAAUUUCCCAGCAAUACGAAUACGGCUUUAUUACAAAAGAAGACCUGGCCAGAAGAGACCAUAGAGGGAAUACACCUCUUCACUUGGCUGCUAAGCUAAGUAAACUCGAUGAGGAUUACCUCCUAGUAGUUGAAUACCUCUUAGAGAUUGGAGCAAAGCACAAAGAGAAGGAUUUUGAUGGUUGGACAAUCAUAGACGAAGCUAUCAGCACAACAAAUAUCAGACUCCUAGGUAUAAUCUAUGACUUCUGAGCUGAACGGAAGAGGAACCAAUGGAAAAACAGGGAUAAGAUCAUCAACAAUCUCAGGAACAUUCCUGAUUUCUAUCUUGAAUUGAAAUGGGAAUUUAACAGCACUGUAAUCCCAUUCCUAUCAAAAUUUACUCCAAAAGAUACGUACAAGAUCUGGAAAUUCGGCAGCAGCCUUCGGCUUGACUUCACCUUAGUCGGUGUAGAUAAACUCAAAGGAAAGAGAAGAGACAUGACCAUAAUCUUCAGAGAUCCCUCUGAAGCUGACGAUCCAUACAAUGAAUGAUAUGUCCUUCUGAUAAAUCGCUCGAAAGGAAUAGUGGUUGACCCAAUUGAAGAGCUUGAUUACGAAGAGAAGAUAGCUGUGCUUGAAGAUAUCCUAAACUCAGACUCAGUCAAAGCAGACGUUGAAGUCUCAGACCCAGAUUUUAGACCAGCCACAAACAUGUGGGGCAGUGAGAAAACCUCCAAAAUUAAUGGCUCAAAAUGCUCUGAGUUCAAACUCUCUUUUGAAAGCAACAAAAGGUUUGAAAAAUAAAGGUACCGAUAUAUUCCAGUGGACUGAAGAAGAGUAUUUUGAUACCUUCAUAACCCAAGAAGACCACGAGGAUAGAAUUUUAGAUGAAAACCCAGACCUCGAAAUUAAGCAAGGGACUGUCCAGAACAAAACUGAGAAACGAAACGCUUACUUCUGGCUAGACCCUAGCUUCGAGCUUACUCCUGGGCAGUUCUUUAGUAUCCUGGAAACACUUCAGAGUGGAGGAAAUAUCGGAAUUCAAAAGUUAUACGAGUACCUCCAACAUGAUAACAUAAAGCAAGGGCUGGAAGAGAAUGGGUUCCCCGUGAAAAUAUCGAUCCCAUUCGGUUACACAAUCAACGCGAAAGUACUGUUCAAUAACUUCGAGUUCAUCGAAGAUUAUCGGUCAUCGUACCGUCACAUACUUCCGCAAGAUGCAGAAGAUAUAGCAGAAGUAUUCCAAAUAAGCCCCGAUUUUGAGAAAGUCUCUCGUAAAGAAGGAAUGAAGACUAUGAAAAAUAAGAAGAAAAGACUUGCUUUUGCUAAUUUCAUUCAUUCCUAA